GAGCGCAAGAGAGCGCCAUGUCAUCUGUUACCUGUGUUUCUGUAGAAGUCGGCGAUCAUUCGGAGAAGUACUCGUACAUCGAGCCUGCCAGUGUGUAAUUAGUGGGGUGAUUUCACGGGCGGUUCAGGAUCAUUCAGUGUUGAGGCUUUCGCAAUUGAUAUCACACGGAUGUUGACGGGAAUGAGAGCCAGGAGCAGAGUCGAGUUCGAUCGUCGAUUUCCCAUCUCCGUAGGACAGAUUCGUACUUAGUAGGUGGUGUUCUGUGUGCGUGUGUGUGCGCCAUCCAUAGGGACGGUCACAUUAGACAGGAAGGGCUAUCGUUAUUCGAGUGCGAAGGGGGUGUGUGUGGGGGGGGGGGGUUGGGGUUAAGUCAAUCGUUGCCUGUUGUGUUGUUGUGCAAGUUUAGGGAGCCGAAGCAUUCACGUAAGUACACACACGUUACUCUUUGUUUCUCUCUCAGCGUCGGAGAGGAUCUGUUUUAAGCAAAUCCUUCUCCUGAUCAGGCAUCCUUAUUCGGGGCGGGGGGGUAAUGGGUCAAUCGGGUUCGACGGGAGGGAACCCCGUGGCUCAAAACAACACGUGGUCAAAUGCGACGCCACGUGGCAAUGGCGGGGCAGCGGUCGUUGGCGAUUACGCGCGCAUUCCUGAUCUAUACAAGACCCCCGCCGACGUCGAGGCUGCGCUACGCAAUGCCGGGCUGCACAACAGCAACCUCAUCCUGGGCUUCGACUUCAGUAAGAGCAAUGUGACGCAAGGACGAUCGUCCUUCGGCGGCCGCUGCCUCCAUGCUGUCAAUCAGGGCGAUCCUAAUCCAUACAUGCGCGCCGUUGCCAUCAUCGGCGAGACGCUGAGCCGAUUAGACAACGACAAUAAGAUUCCAUGCUACGGCUUUGGAGAUGCCACGACCCGCGAUCACGAUGUCUUCAGCUUCUACCCCGACUUCCGGGACUGCAACGGCUUCGAAGAGGCAUUGAGAAGGUACCAGGAGAUAGCACCCCACGCGGUCUUGUCGGAGCCGACCUCCUUCGCUCCCAUCAUAGAGAUGGCGAUCUCCACCGUCGAGCAGAACGGCGGCAGUUAUCACAUUCUGCUGAUCCUAGCCGACGGCAACGUGACGUCAGAUCCUUCCAAUCCCAGCCGACUGAGCAGACAGGAGGAGGCCACCAUAUCUGCAAUCGUGCGAGCUUCGGAGUACGCGCUAUCGAUCGUCGUGGUGGGAGUGGGCGACGGUCCGUGGGACAGAAUGCGGCAGUACGACGACAACAUUCCGUCGCGCAUGUUCGACAACCUGCAGUUCGUGAAUUUCACAGAGAUCAUGUCGAUGGCGCUGACGCAGAAGCAGAAAGACAUGAGAUUCGCGGUGGCGGCGCUGAUGGAAGUGCCGACGCAGUACAAGGUCGCAAAGCAGUUGGGAUACAUUGGCCGGCGGACGGGUACAGCGCCGGAACGAACCCCGCUUCCGCCGCCGCCGUCUGUCAUCGCUGCGGACCGCGGGGCCAUCAAUCGGCCCCGGCCGCCGUACGCGAUGCCGUACGGUCCGUACGGACCGGGGGCGCAGUCGUCGGCGCCGGUGGCGCUGCCUUCGUUUUCUGCUUCGAACCGCGCAACGCACAGCGCCGCCGCGCGCAGACCGAGCGACGUCAUCCUCACUGUUCCCGCCGAUUCCACCAGAAACGCCUACCCUCAUCCCCCCGCUUCCGCUGCUGCUCAGUAUUCCCGCGCUCCUGCUACAACGGUCACAUCGUCUGCGCCCGCGGGGGGCGAAAAGUGCGCCAUUUGCUGGGAAAGGAAACUGGAAUACGUCUUCAACUGUGGCCACCGCGCUUGCGAGCGUUGUGCAAAAGCCAUCCCAAGCCGGUGCCAUGUUUGCCGCACGCUGAUCACUGCCCGCAUUAAAAUGUAUUAAGUAGUAAUCCUGUUCUUCUAUGUUUUUACUCUGUUGAGUCUUUUUUGCCCUUUCUCCCCCCUUAAUUAUAUCGUGUUGAAAGAACACAAAACCUCGUUGUUCUGGAAACAGCAGCCUGUCCGGCCCAGGCUGGCCCCGUGCGUGCGUGGUUUCAGAUCUCUCUGCUCCUCAUUAGCGCCCUCCCCCCUCUUUUUUUUCUUUUCUUUCUUUUCUUCUUUUUCAAUGGCUACUGAUCCUAUUCUUCUCUUUUGAUUUAUUUAUUUUUCCUUACAGCACAGUACUACUGCCUUCGGCCGCUGCCACAGACAGAUUUCUCCGCCGCCUCUCUCUCUCUCUCUCUCUUUUGCCCCUUCAAUCCGGAGUUCCACCGCUCUUUCUCGGCCGGCACGACGAGCGAGAGAGAUGGGUCAGCUGAGAGAGAACCACGCAAAAGAGAGACACAGAGAGAGAGAGAGAGAGAGAGAGAGAGAGAAGGGGGAAGAGAUCUUCAAAGAAAGGGCGUUUGAUCUCUCGCAGAAAAAGAAAGAUGGAGGUGUCGGUGUUGACCUUUUCUGAGCGAGAUCAGUUGAUCACGCUACUUGUUUCCCUGUUUGAAACCAAGGAGGGAAUAAAAAAAAAAAGAAAAGUGGAUGGUCCUCGCUCGUUUUGGAAGGAACAGCUUCUCCGCUGCAAUGGGAUCGUCGUAGAACGGUGUACAGCUCUG